UUUCUAUGACAGUGAUUGGAACCCAACAGUAGACCAGCAAGCCAUGGACCGGGCCCACAGGCUGGGUCAAACAAAACAGGUCACUGUUUAUCGCUUGAUAUGUAAAGGCACCAUUGAGGAGCGCAUCUUACAAAGGGCCAAGGAAAAGAGUGAGAUCCAGCGAAUGGUGAUUUCAGGUGGCAAUUUCAAACCUGAUACCUUGAAACCAAAAGAGGUGGUUAGCCUUCUACUGGAUGAUGAGGAACUAGAAAAGAAAUUGCGUCAGCGUCAAGAAGAGAAGCGACAACAGGAAGAGACAAAUCGUGUGAAGGAGCGUAAACGUAAAAGGGAAAAAUAUGCUGAGAAGAAGAAAAAGGAAGAUGAAUUGGAUGGGAAGAGAAAGAAAGAGGGCAUGAACCUGGUGAUCCCAUUUGUUCCCUCAGCUGAUAACUCCAACCUGUCUGCUGAUGGUGACGACUCCUUCAUUAGUGUGGACUCUGCUAUGCCCAGCCCUUUCAGUGAGAUAUCCAUCAGCAGUGAAUUACACAUGGGCUCUAUCCCUCCUGAUGAGAGCAGCAGUGAUAUGCUCGUAAUUGUGGAUGAUCCAGCUUCCUCAGCACCUCAGUCAAGGGCAACAAACUCUCCUGCUUCCAUUACUGGUUCAGUUUCCGAUACCAUCAAUGGUGUUUCAGCGCAAGACACACCUCUCUCUGGGAGAGGCCAGUCAAAUAGAAACCGGGGUCGUCCCAAAGCUCCAAACAGUGGAUCCAAAAGCGCUGGGAAAAGCAGAAGCCGGAAGUCGACAGCAGGAAGCGCAGCUGCGAUGGCAGGUGCCAAGGCAGGAGCAGCAGCAGCCUCUGCAGCGGCGUACGCAGCCUACGGGUACAACGUCUCCAAAGGCAUGUCUGCAAGUAGCCCUCUACAAACAGCAAUUAUUCGGCCUUCUGGACUUGCUGAUUUUGGACCUUCAAGCGCCUCUUCUCCCCUGAGCUCCCCUUUGAGCAAAGGAAACAGUGUUUGUGGGACCCCCAAAAGCUUAAACCUGACCAGCAGCCUCAUACCAGAAACUCCGAUUCGGAAGCAAAGCAAAGGUGCCCACACCUCAGGCGGUCGGUAGUAAUUUUGAACCCCCAAAGCUUGUCUGAACUGUGUUGGCUUUCAGAGUAGACCACCCUGCCAGCUGAAGGCAUGAGAUGAAUGCCUUGUUGCUGCCCAGCGUGUGUGAAAAGAAAAUCAAAGCACAAUGGGAAUGGGUGGCCUAUGUGAGCACUUUGAUUAUGUGUAUCCCAAAAAUUUGUCUUUGCAGACACUGCAAGAAGGAGGGGUGGUCCGGGGUGGCUGAGAGUGUG